AUGCCCUCGCCGCGCACCUCACCCGCCAUGAGGCCCACUUCGCCCCUGUCACCCAGGCAAGCCGCACAUUUCGACAGCCUACAGCCUCCUUCUCCCCAGAGGCCAAUGCAUUCUCGAACGGGCAGCAACCAACGCCGACCGCCCGCGAAUUCUCUGAAGCUGCCUUCGCUGCCUCGAUUCCAUCCGGCCAACUUCCCCUCAGCACACAGCAGCGUUCAGAACACUCCCGACGGCACGACUUCUCCACAGCCUCCAGUCUCGCCAAGAGCCCACCAAAGAAUGUACAGCGAUGCCCAGAAACAACUCUACUUCAAUCAACGCGAAAUGCUCUCGGCAGCCGUCCGAUCGCCAAACUCAGCCGACAAGCCCAUCAGUCCGCGUCUACAUCCGCUGGGCAGCCCGGGCCCUGUCACGCCUUUGGAGUUGGAAGGGGAUGAGGGCUACCUCCUUGCAGGAGCCAGAAGUUCAGUAGCGAACACGUCAGCAGCUCCCGAGGAAUUGAUCGAGAAACUCAUACGAGAAGAGACACGGCGCCAUCGAUCGGGUAAUCCGUCCGCAUCAGCGAGCUGCACCGGCCGGUGA